AUGGCGAAAUAUGCAGAAAUAUUAUGGGAAGAAUAUAUUAAAAACAGGAAUAUAGGGGUGCAGCACAAGGAUGAUAAGGAUUUUAACAAACUAUUCUGGAAAAAUGUGGAGAUGGUAUGGCAGCACUUUAAAACACAUAUGGGCAGUAUGCACCAUGAUUUAAUACUAGAAGAACUGUGUGGGACCUGGCACGAGAGGAGGGACGGGGAGGAAGCGAAGGGGGCAUUGACUCCGAGGGACAAAGCAGUAUGCGAGUUAGCACUUAAAGCUUUAACUUUUAAACAUAGAAUCACAUUAGAUGCUCCAAGUACAACGCACACGACCUUAGGCACGGACAAACAUGAGGUGGACCUUUAUAUGCGGUGCAUUUUAGUAAAUAUAUUUAUGAAAAGAAUAAUAGGCCUGGAUUGUCUAGAGAAAGGUGGCGGCGAAAAUGCGUUUAGAGCAGCGGAAGCGCUGGUAACAACAGGGCCCCAGAAAGCGCCCAAUUUUGCAUGUGAGCGCAUGGACAUGAAGGAUAAAAGUGGGAGGACGGGAGAAACCGGAGAAUGGGAUUUAUGGUACAUAAUGGAUAGAUGGUUCACCAGGAACACAUUAGUGUUAAGGGAUGGGCAGCAGGGGGUGUUAGGACCGCAUUGUACGGUAGAAAGAGACAAGAGUGCACAAGACAUAAAGGCACGCGCGAAUAAAAAAAUUGAGGCAGUGGGGCAAGAACUAGAGCAGGAGGUGCAACAAAUAUUGGAUGCAAUAGAGACAUCUCCGCACGGCACACGUAUGGAGGAUAUAAUACAGAAGGUGAACACCGGGGACUCCUCUUCGAAAACUCCACCAGAACACGCACCACCACCGGGGGAACAACAGGCAACACCAUCAUCAUCCGGAUCAUCAUCAUCCACAACAACAUCAUCAUCACCUGGCACGCCACAACCGGGUACUGCAGGUAACGUAGGUGGCACCGCCAACAUCGCGCACGCCUCAAAACCAGCAGCUACAUCAUCGUCGGCCACACCAUCACCAAAGGAACCGCCAGAGAAAAAAGUUCCUGUGGCACCACCGAAGAAAGUAGAAGCUCCACCACCUAAGGUAUCAGAGGCACCAAAGGAGGUUGUUACUGAGGAGGACGAUAAGACCAAACCACCAGAGCCAGGCAGUGGGACAGAUGGAAGAGGACGCUCCGAGGACCCACCAGCAGGACCUGGACAACAACCCCCACUGGCGGCACCACCACCUGUAGUUACCGAAUCACCCAAGGGUGCAGACCCUGCUAAGAAAGAAGACCAAACUGCAGGUAAGAAAAGUACUUGUACCAAGAAUGUCACCGUAUCCCACACGGCGGGAUCAGGCCCAGGAAAAAGUGCUGAAACCAUUCAGGAGGACUUGGGUGGGCAGGGUGGCAUCACCAUAUCUAUCAGUGUCUCGGACCCUUCACCCGAAUGUUCAGACACAGGUACUGCAAAUACACCGGACAAGACAGGUAACGGUGCGGCGGAUUCACCGCCGGCAGCCGCCUCCGCACCGGCAGCAGUACCACCAGCAGACCCACCAGCUGCACCAGAACCGGCGGAACCGUCCAAUGCAGGUUCUACAGGAACAUCAUCAGACACAACAACACCAUCAACAGGAACAGGACCAGACGGGACUAAGACUGAUAAGAACGAUGGCGAUCCCGACGGCAAUGCCGUCGUCGACGGCGGCAACGAUGACCCUCCUCCUCCCAAACCACCACCUCAAGCCGGAAACCCGGAGCAGAACUUACAGCCGACGCCACCUGUAACCCUCAUCUCGGAAUGUACUGGUCUCCGCUUAUUCGACACUGCUGAUCCCCAGUGCAAGAAUACGGAGAACUCUUCUUCCUCUGGUUCUGGACCUGACAGCUCCAAUGCUUCGGCAGGUUCUCCCGAAGGCCAGUCUUCUAGUACACCCGAGGAUGAUUAUCCUUUUGUCUUCGAUAACAUGUUCCGAACAGAUGCAGGUAGCCCUGGGGGAGGAUUUGUACCACUUAAGCCAGGAAUUGAACUGCCCGAUCGAACAAAUGAACACCCAGGUCAAAAUCCGGACGGUAGUGGCCCCCAUGCACCCGAUGUAACCGCCGAUAUCCUUACCGCCACUACUCCCGUACUCUUCUUCUUGUCCGCCGUCAUCGUCGCCCUUCUUGGUUAUUCCCUUUGGAAGGUAAGCACACACACAACGCACCAAUAUAACCGAGUGGAAAAAGGACCAACAACAGUUGCCAUUCCCCUUCCAAUGUUCCCAAUAGGAAGGAUAAACAACGUUACACUAUUUGGAUUACUCGACAACGAAAAAGAAAAAAAAACUUACUAG